UUUCAGCUAUGUCUCUCUCUCUCUCUCUCUCUCUCUCUCUCUCUCUCUCUCUCAGGCCAUAAAAAGAGCAGUAGACCUUUCUUUUUUUUUUUUUUUUUUUUGAAAGGGAGCAGUAGACCUUUCUGAUUGUGGAAGUUAGACUACAUAUGAAUUUAUUUGAUACGGUACUAUGGGGGCACCACAGAAAAUAAUUACCUGCCAUGCUUACUUAGGAUCAUUUAUAUAUUAGUUUGGUAACUCUGAAACUUUUGUUUUUGUUGGUAAUCUCUGGUCCUGUCUUUCCCUUUUCUUUUCUCUUCAUUCUUGGAAAAAAGAAAAUCUGGUUCUCCAGUCAUCACCAUCACCAUGUCCAUGUACCACUUGAUUUUUUUCAUCUGGGUCCUCUUGUCAUCGAGUUUUUCAGUCAUUAUCGGUUCAGAUUCUUGGUGCCCACAUCAGAUUUUGCAGAGAGAAAACCAACAGUUUGAGCAGAAAACAGAUAGGUUCUGGGAGUUCAAAGAGGAAACCAACACCUGGGUUGAAGUUAAAUUGCCUUUUGAUCUGGUCUCUUGUGUUGAAGAUAACUGUACUAAAGUUGGUUCAAUUCGACUGAAAAAGAGUAAUAACAAUGACAAAGAGAACCAAGAAGAAGAAUAUGAUGCUGCUUCAGAAAAGAUGAAGAGUUCUAAAGAUCAGAAAGAAACUUCUGAUGAUGAUGAUGAUGAUGAUGAUGAUGAUGACAAGGGUGCUGUUCUUCCUUUGAGAAAGAGAAUUUCUUUGACCAAGAUGUCUGAGACUUCUGUUUGGAUCACUAGUCAAAGUGGGUGUAUCUAUGAGAGGUUUUGGAAUGGUGUGCAGUGGGUAGUAGCACCACAUGACUUACCCAUAUCCGAAGGACAUGCAGCUUCUAUUUUUAUUGUUAACCACACAAUUCUUGCUCUAUCUGAAUCAGGCUAUCUGUAUCAGAUGCAACUCAAUGAAAUUUCCCAACCAAUUUGGCUUGAGUUUGUACCUACACUCUUUCAAACCACAGAUACAGAAAUAGAAUCAUCAAGAGUCUUGAUCAAAGCUGGUGUUGUUUCACAUGAUGGAGAGAGAGUUUAUUUCUGCACUAGGAAUGGGACACUUUUAGAACUUGCUGAGAUUGAACCUACAAGAUGGGUAAACCAUGGACAACCACCAGGUGCAGAUGUUGCAGCUGUAGCUGAUGCUGGUACCAUAAGAAAAGAAGUGGUAUAUACUAUAAGCUCUAUAGGAAACCUAUACGAAUAUGAUAGGAACUCAAAACCAUUGUGGAAGAAGCAUAUUUGGAAAGAAGGAGCUGCAAAAGAUGCUUCUUUGGAACCAUUAAAGGGAGCUGCUUUACAUGGCUUGAUUAGAGAUCAUUCCAUAUCUUUGUUUCUGUUAACAAAGGGUGGUAUUUUGGUUGAGAGAAGGUUAAACCAAAGGAAGUGGAAAUGGUUAGUCCAUGGAAGUCCCAAAAAUCAGCACCUGUCAUCUAUCACACAUGCACAGCACGAAGAUUCAAACGAAAAAUUCUUCUCAUUAUUUUUUACUACAUCUUCAGGGUCUGUUUUCGAAUAUCGAAUACCAAAGAGAGCAGGUAAUAGUCAAGAAAAUCAAAUGGCAGAAACAUGGGUGAACCAUAUGCAUCCUCCACAUGCCAAAGCUGCAAGAGGAAUUGGUGGACUACAAUUUCAAGUUGGCAGAAUUGUUUUUCCACUAGACGAUGGAAGACUUGCAGAGCUGCACAUAUCUGGCAUUGGUGGUGAUAAUGUGGGGCCGAUUAACUCAGCUAAUGUCAGAAGAAAAUCCACAAUGAAAUAUGUAUGGUCAGUACUAGAUGCUCCUGAGACUGAAGGAUGGAAUGCAGAAUACUGCACCGAGGAACGUGGGCCUACAAAUUGUAUCAUGGGGAUAAGAGAUGAGCCAAAUGAUUUGGGAACAGCAAGAUUGGCGACUAGGAGGAGAAAGGGAAGCCAACAAGAUUACCUGAUUCCUAGUGUAGUAGCAUCUGAUGGUCCAGCAAAUGCUUUGGACAAAUAUAGAUUUGCAGACAAUUGGAUUGAAAGAAACUUUCGUUUGAGAGUAAUGCAAGGAGGGAGAUCAUUUUUUCUCAUAACUGAUGGUGGCUUUACUUUCGAGUAUCUUUAUACUGAACAUACAUGGAUAUGGCUGAGACAUGAUUAUCCUGCAGCUAUCAAAGGUGCAGUAGGAAACUAUAAUGGAAGUUUGUAUGUCAUUGACACAGCUGGUAGUUUACUAAUAAGAGAAAGAAGUGGCAAUCAACUAGCAUGGAUAAAUUGUACAGCAUUUAAGAAAGGUGGUCAAGUGACUGGUGGCCCUCCUUGGGAUGGAAUCCCAGGUAGAGCUCUGAAAGUCACACCAGAAGAUGCCCUCUUCUUUGUGAGCAAGAAUGGAAGACUACUACAGUUCACUGUUGCACUGAGGAAAUUCAAAUGGAAAGACUGCCAAAACCCUCCAAACACAAGAGUUGCAUGUAUAAUAGAUCAGGAACUUUUCCGGGAAAACAUAGUUUUUGUUGUAGGAACAAAUGGUCGGCUAUACCAGUAUAACAAAGUAACUGAUCUCUGGCAUGAGCAUUACCAGUCUCAGCAUUUGAUUCUGUCAAGAUUGCCAGGAACAGCAAUGAGGCCCUCAUCAAUGUCCUUAACAGGCUCACUUUUCAUGUUGUCUGAAGAUGGUGGACUAGUUGAGUAUCAUUGGAACUCAUUGGAUGGUUGGAAUUGGGUGGAGCAUGGUGCUCCACAUAAAGGGGUAACAUUGGUCGGUUCACCUGGGCCUUCCUUUGAAGGAAACCAACUUUUCUUGAUCAGUUCAGAUGGAAAUGUGUACCUGCGCUACGUGGAUCAAACUGCAUGGAAAUGGAAAAACUGUGGCUUUCCUUAUAUAAAAAAUAUGAAUGAUGAUCAUAGACAAGAAAAAGUAAGACACAAAUGGAAACAAGAUUUUUGUGUGGAUGAAGAUUUUUCAACCAACUAUAAGGAAUCUGAACACGUUGAUGACCUCAGUGGUAAUUGUGAUCCAAAAAUAGCAUCUAUAAGGCCGAUUCCUUUCUCUGAAGAUUCAGUGAUUUUUGAGUUAAGAGACGGCAGAUUGGGAGAAUUGAAACGAGUUGAUAGUACUCAAUGGACAUGGUCCCGCACAAUAGGCACUCCAACAAGCUUAUGCAUGGAAAAUUAUUGGACUGCUCUAGCAUCGUGAGACAAUGCCAAAGCAUAAAAAACUAACAAUGUGAAAAAUUGAACUUAGAAAAAGGAAAAGAAAAAUCAUGGCUUCACAUAUUGAGGAAGUAGCCACAUUUUCUAAUCCAUUGUACAUAGAAGAAUCAAUAGAAAAAUUUACAAUCACACUAUACACAAGUUACAAUAAACCCAUUUAGAGAUGUACUGUUAUGCAUCAAACCGCAAUAGAGGUUUCUUCUUCCUUUUGUUA